UGGACAUCCACCUGCGAGGACGGAGGUGCUCGACCUCACUCGACAUCCGGUGCAGUGACAUGAGCGGUGUUUGAGAGAAAGAAAGACUGGUGUGCCCAAAUUUUAAAUAUUCUUUUCGGAAUUUUUUUUUCCUUUCACCGAACUGAAGGACGGCCUGGUCGAUUUUGAUGUAACGCGGAAAUCGCCGGACAAGCCGAGAAAGGACUUGUAAUCCAAUUUGAAACAAAUGUUCCUCACGAUGUCCAGAUAUCUCGGUCUUGUACUUCUUAUCACGAUGUUUACGUACACAUACGGCGCCAAUAAGUGCGAGGGCAACGGUAUAAAUCUGAAAUACGUGUGGGGCGACGCGCUCACCGAUCCCGAUGACUGUUUAGGACCGAAUAACAUGCAGUAUCCUGCCGCCGCGAUAUCGAGGAGCUUCAAGAAUCUCUGGGCGGGCAGUAGUCGAACCGCGCGAUCGCAUCAGCCACGGCCGAUUGAUCCCGAACUGACGAGGCAUGCGCUUCUGCACAACUACAAAGCGGUUCACGGGGACUACUCGAUCGCCGGGGGCUUCCGAAACGGCCGUGCGUUUUCCACGAAGGAAAGUUGCGGUUCGCCUGCCAGACUCUGCAAGACAAGAUAUAACACCACGGCGCCGAUGUACGGCAUCAGCCUGACUAGCGGACAACCGGUGACAAUCGUUCAGAAGUUCCCCGAUCUUCUGCAACAGGUUGUCUUUGAGGUCUGCGAAUCAAAGGAAUGCGACGUGGUUCACGGCGAGUGCACGCAGACGUACGUGCCCUACCUGUUCCUGGUAAUACCUCUCGGUCCGGUGACCUUGACCGGCCAGGAUUACGUGUUGGUGGAGAGCGGUUGCGUCUGCAAGCCGAGAAAUUCGGCAAGCGCGUCAACGGACGCGCCGCCGGCCGUACCGAGUUUCUAAUUGUUCGUCGAAUCCGCACAAACACACUUUUGGAUUUUAUUAUUCUCUGUCGGGACAAGAGAACUCGCAUAGUGAACAUCGCGUCCUAUCCGGACGUCACGAACAAUUUCGAGCGUUAUAAGAGAGCCCUCGCAAACGGCUUAAAUUUAAUUGACACACACGACGCUAGAGAACUAUUCUUCUCCAGAGAAAUCCGGUAAAUAUAUGUGACUGUGCGAAAUGAAUUUGUGUGGCCACGAAGUUUAUACUUUUUAUUAAUGUAGUUUUUUUUUUUUUUUUUUUUUUUUAAUCGAUUAUCAGCUGUUAGAAUAAAUUUGUUAGAUAUUUCAAACGAACAAAUUUCUCUCAAACUGUGUUAAAUAUACUUUUAGAUAUAUAAAAAAUUUGUUCUUUUACAUAUUUUUAUGAAUCGUGAAGAGUUUUCAAGAGAUGCGUCAUCUCAAAAUUAAACACAUGAGAUGAUUCGUGUAAUCUAAAACUAAUUAUCGCAAGUGGAAACUACUAAUGGGUUAAUGGUCGUAGAACGGAAUGUACCUCUAACCGGAUUUUCUCUCGAAAGAGAUACUUCUAGCGGAAUUACGUCUCAUCGCAAUAUAUAUAUUUUGCGUCAUCUUGCACUUAUUGUGAUGAUCGACUAAUUUAUAAGAUUACGAACCAAUCGCGCGUGAUGAAUCCGUUAUCUUAUGCGUAAAAAAAAAACAAAUCACGAAAGAUAAGACUGUCGCAGUUGAUGGAUUUCGUCAACAAAUUAAGCUCAACUGUGAAAUUUACAUCUUUUCGAAGACCUUCGAAUAUUUUUUUUUUUUUUUUAGAGAAGUGACAAGAGUGUAUA